CAAAACAAUAACAUAAAAUGUGUUCCAAAGCUACAAAAAGCCUUUUAAACUUGUUCACGUUAAUAUAUCCCCAUUUCACUCUGUCCCAAACUCUGCUUUCUUUCUUUCUCUUCUGCCCUGUUUCUUAGUAGUAAACAACAUGGAAUUGGAUGAAUUACGUUUAAUCUUAAAGAAUUCAGGCGUGGACUUGUGGGGUUUAAUUGACACAGCCAUUUCAGUAGCCAUUCUUGAUCAUGGAAAUGAGCUUCGCAGCCGAAGAGACGCCAUUGUUGAGAGACUCUACACUCCUCUGCUCUGUAACAAUUCUUAUUCUGCUGAAAUCCCAAAAAGCAUUGAGAGAAAUAUUGAUGAUGAUCACAAGUUAAAAACAGAGGAAAAAAGUACUGUAGACUAUGAAGAAGAUUUAGAAAUCAGCAAAAUCAUCACAAUCAAGAAUCAUUUUGAAAUAUCAAAUCAGUCUGAGAAUUGCUUGGUUGAUCUACUUCAAUGUCUUGCUGAAAUGGACAUUAGUUUCAAGGUUCUUGAGAAAACAGAUAUUGGAAGGCAUGUAAAUAGACUGCGAAAACAUUCAUCAAAUGAAGUAAGAAGACUUGUUAAACUACUCAUCAGGAGAUGGAAAGAUAUUGUUGAUGAAUGGGUUAGAUUAAAUACAUCAAUGGAGGAAACAGAUGAUUUCGAGGAUGGAGCUUAUAUUUCAAAUGAUUCACCAUUAUAUUGCGGUCAUAAGCAUAGCGUAGAGAAGGACAACAACAGUAAUCUAUCGACAAAACGCCUACGUGAGGAUUACAUGGAAGAACAUUAUGCCAAAGCAGAAAGGAGAAGAGAAGUGGAGCUUGAAGACGUAGGCAAUUAAUUUCCCUACUAUAUAGACUACAAGUGGUUAUGAAGACACAAAUAAUACAAUUGGGAGAAAGCAAAGAGGAAAGAUAACAAAUGACACAGUACAUGCCAAGUUCUUAUGAGGGUAUAUAUAAUUGGUGUUAUGUAAUUUUGUCAUGACCAGUCAUGGAAACACAUGCAAUGGUCUGUGCUAAGUUACAUGACAUUAACUGACUCUGAUAAAGAAAGAAGUUUGAAGACUUGUGGAGAAUAGGGAGUAAUAAUUAGUACAAUUAUAUGGUCAAUUGUGUAGGGCUACCUAGCAUAUGGAGUAGUAUUUAAUUUGGACUCCAGCCAUGUGAUGCAUUAGUUUAUUAGUGAAGUUAUUGCUGUGUUUUCAUGACUAGAUGCAUUGCUCUUCUUCAUGUGGACUACUAGCAAGAAGAUAUAUAGUAGUAGUAGUUGCUUUGUAGCUAUAGGCCUAUAGGGGGGGGGGGGGGGGAUAACAUGGAAGCCACUUCACUAUGCAAGUGUACAUAUUUUAUUUGUUUAUGGUCUUUAUAAUUACUUUUCAUGGAAAACCCUACCUCAUUCAUGAUUAGGGCCAGUUAUUUCUACUUGACAAUAUGGUGUUCUUAUUUAACAUCUACUCUAUGAAGUGUAUAUGUUCUUAGUAAAUAA